AUGAACAACAAUUGCAUUUCACCGGCCAUAAGCACUGGCGUUCCAAGGGUGAAAGAUUUGGUAAUAAGUUCCAACUUUCUAGCUAAAAGAACAUCGACUGCUUCUUUACUUAACAUGGGUAUUCCGAAAUUCUUUAGGUUGAUCUCUGAGAGAUGGCCUCUGAUAUCCCAGAAAAUCAGUGUCCCAGAGGAAAUUGAAUAUGACAAUUUAUAUCUCGAUAUGAACUCAAUUUUACAUAACUGUUCCCAUUCAAAUGAUGGAGAAAUUAGUCGUUUGACAGAUGAACAGAUAUUUGGUGCUAUCUUUGCUUACAUUGAUUAUCUUUUCAAUUUGAUCAAGCCUAAAAAAGUAUUUUAUAUGGCUAUUGAUGGUGUUGCACCAAGGGCCAAGAUGAACCAGCAAAGAGCCAGAAGAUUCAGGUCAGCAGUUGAAGCAGAGGAAGCAUUGAAGAAGGCCAUUGCCUCUGGAGAACCAAUACCAAAAGAACCUGCUUUUGACACUAAUGCCAUUACUCCAGGCACAGAAUUCAUGGCCAGGGUCACUGAAAACUUGAAGUUUUACAUCAACCAGAAAGUUUCAAAUGAUAAACAAUGGCAAGACAUUGAAAUUAUAUUAUCUGGCCAUGAAGUACCUGGUGAAGGUGAACAUAAAAUUAUGGAGUAUAUCAGAGUGCAAAAGGCGCAGGAAAACUACAAUCCAAACACCAGACACUGUGUUUACGGUUUAGAUGCUGAUUUAAUCAUGUUGGGUUUGGUGGCCCAUGAACCCCAUUUUUCACUUUUAAGAGAAGAGGUGACUUUUGGCCGUAAUAAACAAAGUUCCACAGAUGUUUCUAAGCAAACAUUCUUCUUAUUGCACAUUAGUUUAGUUAGAGACUACUUGAAGGAGGAAUUCAAGAACUUGAGCGAUGAAAUAUCUUUUGAAUACAACUUUGAAAGAGUGUUGGAUGACUUAAUUCUUAUUCUUUACGUUAUUGGUAAUGAUUUCUUACCGAAUUUACCAGACCUUCAUCUUAAUAAGGGCGCAUUCCCUCUUCUUUUACAUAGUUUUAAAGAGGCUAUGAGACGUUCAGACGGUUAUUUGAAUGAAUACGGUAAGAUUAAUUUGAAAAGACUUGCUAUUUGGCUUGAUAUAUUAUCUGUUUUUGAAUUGGAAAAUUUUGAAGAAGGUGAUAUUGAUGUUGAAUGGUUCAACAAGCAAUUGGAUAAUGUUUCGAGAAGAGGUGAAAGAAGAAGAGAAAGACAGGGUAAAGAACUUCUGAUUAAACAGCAGAAAAAAGUUGUUGGAUUGAUUGCAGCUUGGCUAAUGAAAGUAUAUCAUGAAAACUAUAACAUUAAAGAAUUCCAUUUGGAUGAGUCAAAAAUACCUGAGAUUGAGUUACCUUCUGAUUUUUUUGAGAGUGAGUUUAACAUUCAGUUUAUUAAAAAGUUUGCGUACGAUAUUGGAUUAUUUAUUGUUCAUAGUAGAAGUACCAAUCAGUAUACAGCAAAAUUAGACAUUGAUGGGAUCAGUCCUGAUGAAACUGAAGAGGAGCUCAAUAAAAGACUUAUAGAUAUCAAACAGACGAUUAGAAAGUAUCAGUCGAGUGUCAUUGUUGAAGAUGAAGAAACUUUGCAAUCAGAAGAGGCUUUAUAUAAUGAGAAAUUUGAAAACUGGAAGGAUAAUUACUAUAAAGAGAAGCUUCACUUUUCUAUCAAAGACACCGAAGAGCUCACAAAAAUCACGGAAAACUAUAUUGAAGGUUUGCAGUGGGUCUUGAAUUAUUAUUAUACUGGUAUUUGUUCUUGGCCAUGGUAUUACAGGUACCAUUAUGCUCCACGUAUUUCAGAUUUGAGAUACGGCUUAAAUGUUAAGUUUAAUUUUGAGUUAGGCAAGCCUUUUACCCCAUUCGAACAGUUGAUGAGUGUUCUUCCAGAGAGAUCAAAGGAAUUAAUUCCUAUCACCUAUAGACACUUAAUGACAGAUGACGAUUCGCCAAUCAAAGACUUUUAUCCGGAUGAUUGUGAAAUCGAUAAGAAUGGUAAGUCAGCGUCGUGGGAAGCAGUUGUUUUACUUUCUUUUGUUGAUGAAAAGAGACUGAAGGAAGCAAUGGCUCCAUUAAACGACAGGUUGACAAAAGAGGAAAAGAAGAGAAAUAGUUUUGGAUUGAACCUAAUUUUCCAUUUCAAUCCACAAGUCAAAACAUUAAUUAAAUCACCACUACCAUCCGCAUUCCCAGACUUUGAAUCGCAUGCUAUCGAAUCUGUCUAUAGGUUACCAUCAAUGGACGGGAAGUCUUUUAUUAUUGGUCUGUCCAAAAAUGUGAAGACCGGUACCCAUAUGAUUGCAGGUUUUCCUACGAUCGAAACCAUUCCACAUACCUCGAAUUUGCAGAAGGACGAACUACUUAUUUUCCAGCAACCUGCUAGAUCCGAAUCAAUGAUUUUGACACUUGAAAAUGAAUUCGAGAGUAUUAAUCCGGAGCAAUUCGCACAUCUGUAUUGUGGUAAAAACAUUUAUGCCAAUUGGCCAUACUUGAGGGAGUACUCUGUUGUGUAUGUUACAGAUGGUAUGAUGAGGUAUGAGUUGGCCAAAGUUGGUGGCUCUUUCAAAGUAAUUUCUAGCCCCCUUGAAAAGUUUGAAAUUUCCGAAUAUGAGUCUCAGAUUGCUGAUAUUAAUUAUGCGAUGCAUAAAAAGUUAGGUUUAAGAUUUUCUUCUGGUGAACUCUCAUCCGAGAUAAUCGUUGAGUCUUCUAAUAAGGAGCAGAAAUUCCCUAAGGAACCUAUUGAAGGGUUAGUAUAUGCGAAAAGAGUCAUUGGCGUGACGCCUAACAAUAAGGGCAAGUUAGUAAAAGUUUUUUCUGACAAAAUCGACUGUUUUCCUAUCCAGAUUGUUGUUCCAACAAUAGAAAAUGCUGACCCAAGAUUCCAAGAAAAAGAAAUGUUGCCACUCGAGGAAGAAUAUCCCAAGGGUUCACCAAUUAUUUUCCUCGGAAAAUCUGCUUAUGGUACUCCAGCAACUGUUAUCAGCACCGAAAAAAACACUCUAGCGAUUCAAUUUGCAAGACAGGAGACACCAGAACCAACUUUCGGUAUUGCGGCUGCUAAAGUCGAGGAAGAAAAUAUCAAGUAUCGGUCUGCCUUUGAUGCUGCCAAAAUUUUAGGUUUGAACACCUAUUUCUUAUCGAAGAUAACAUCAACGUAUAUGAUUUACGAUACCAAAGAGAAGAAGAUCAAUGUUGGCUUAAGUUUGAAAUUUGAAGGUAAAGGUAUUAAAACCUUAGGCUUUACUAGAAAAAAUGGUAGGGGUUGGGAAUACAGUGAUCUGGCAAUUAAUUUAAUCCGGGAAUACAUGAGUAAAUUUCCGGAUUUAAUAACUGGUUUGUUGAGAUACAAAGGACAUAAUAUACCACUAGUAACAGACAUUUUCCCACAGAAGAAUAUUGAGGAACUUUCGAGUCUAUUAAGAGAAGUGAAAGAUUACUUGUUGAAUAAGCAUGAAUCGUUGAAUCAGGUUUCUCUAUCAAGUGACUCGCUGUCCAAAUUUUCUAUUGCUAAAAUUGAGGAGCAGGUUAUUAACUACAUGCAAACACCACAGCCAGUCAAAACUGCCAACGUUAAAAACAUCCCGAGAUUUGCAGUAUUAAAUCCAUCUGUUCCCGUUUUGAAAUUGAAGCAACAGCAGUUCAGAUUAGGAGAUCGCGUUAUAUAUGUUCUUGAUUCGGGGAAGGUCCCAUUGUUCUCGAAAGGUACUGUUAUUGGUUAUAGGUCUUCGGAUACUUCUGUCUCAGUUCAUGUUUUAUUUGACCUACCUAUUUUAACUGGUAAUUCAUUUGAUGGUAGACUAAAAACACAACGAGGUUUAUCAGUUGACUCUUCUGCAUUGCUAAACCUAACCUUGAAACAAUUUAUUUAUGUAUCCAAAGCUGCUACUUCCAAGUCUAAAACUAACGUUACCUCCAGAUCCCAGAAUGGUGGCAGCAAUGUACCAAAGAAAACACCCAAGCCCGCAAAUAAGGGCAAAAUCCCAGAAAGGCAGGACGGGGAAGCAGAAAGACUAAAAGCUGAAAAGAAAAAUCAAUCGAAAAAAGAAUUAUUGACAAUUAUUAAAAACACAAAGGAAAAGGGUAAGUUUUCCCCAAACGCAGCACACGAGGUCAAACCAGACGAGAAACAAGAAGAUGCACUACCAGCAACGAAUGGUAAUGCAAAGAAACUUUUGAAUAAGAUAGUCAACAAUGCGAUCCACUCGUCCAAUGGAAAUGGUCAAUCUGCUGCUUCACCAAUGCCAAACUACCCAAUGCCAAUAUAUCCGCAGAUGGGACCAAAUGGCAUGCCGUUCUUGCCACCAUUUCCGAUGCCUAUGAUUCCACAACAAAUGAUGUACCCUUACAUGACACAGGCACCACCAAUGGCUGUUCCGGGUAUGCCUUUUUCUCCUUCAUUGCAGGGCCAACCAGCCCCAGAUACUGCCCCACAACAUCAACCACGUGUCGAUACUGAUACUUCUGAAGAUGUUCUUAAUGCAUUAAAGGGAAACAGUAAGGAAAUUGGCGAUAACUACAAUGCGAAAACAAAUUCUGACCAUUCCAGUAGAGGCCACAAAGGCGGAUCAAAAGGAGGCAACAGAGGCAGUACUAGGGGGCAUAGAGGAAGAAACAGAGGUGGACAUAGAGGUGGACAAAGAGGUUGUGGGAGCUCAGCUGGAGAUUCACAACAAAAAGUGACUGCAUGA